CAAAAAAAAAAAAAAAAAUUAACCAACAAGAAUUCGACAACUUAGUAUCACUUGAUGUCUCAUUUAUGCAUAUAUAUUUGCUCCACUCUCCUCUCUACCUAAAAUUGUACUCCAACAGAUAGAACUUUCUUUAUUAGGAUCAUUCAAUCAUUUACUAUUGUUCAAUAAAGGUUUAUAGAAUUGAUCAAGAAGUACUCGCCAUGAUUCUAAUCCAGAGUAUGUUCCUAUCCACCGAGAAAAUUAUACUGUUUUAAGUUGGAAGAAAAUUGAGGAUUCUUGAUUUUGGCUGCUGACAAUUGUGGAUAUGGAAACUUUGUGUCCUACUUCUUUUGUACCAAAUUCAAAUUGGACUAUGCAACAGAGCAAGAGUACUACAGAAUGGACUAAAGAAGAGAACAAGAGAUUUGAAAGUGCUCUUGCAAUAUACGACGAGACAACUCCAAAUCGAUGGUCUAAAGUAGCAGAAAUUAUCCCUGGGAAAUCAGUUCUUGAUGUGAUGAUGCAGUACAAAGAAUUAGUUGCAGAUGUUAGUGACAUUGAGGCUGGUUUGGUCCCAAAUCCGAGGCGUUUCGUGUCUUCUUUCGCGUUGGAAUUUGCAGAUCAUCGCAAGAUUCAUACGUUUAGUAAGAGAGGCAAGUCUUAUGAUCAAGAAAGAAAGAAAGGUGUACCAUGGACAGAGGAGGAACACAGGCGAUUCCUAAUGGGGCUAGAGAAGUAUGGCAAAGGAGAUUGGAGGAACAUAUCGAGGAAUUUCGUGAUCUCUAAAACUCCAACACAAGUGGCUAGUCAUGCUCAGAAGUACUACUUAAGACAACUUUCAGGAGAGAAAGAGAGAAAGAGACCUAGCAUCCACGACAUCACCACCGUCAAUCUCACAAACAACGAGUUGCUCAACAACAACAACAAAUUGAUGUGUGAAGUGAAGUCUUAUAUGUCACCAUUGCAGAGAUCAACAAGCCCAGCAGACGUACUAAUCGGCUGCUGGAACAACUCAUUUGAUGGAGACCUUAUGGCAUUUGGUCAAUUUGUAUGACAACUCGAGUCUAUAGAACCAGAAAAAUAUAGACUGACUGACCGUGGUCAGUUCAGAGCCCUCUAUCGUCCGUUGGAGGAUGCUGAACUGACAUUGCUAGUUGUAUUUCGCAGCUCCAUUGUUGAUCAACUGAGGUUGAAAAAAAAAAGUGUCAAUGUUGGACUUCGUUUGCUAUCUUAGUGUAUUAAUGUAAAUCUAGGCUUAAUUAGUGUGGUAUAUCCCUAGUUUCUUUGUUGUGCUUUCAGGCAUUACACAUUUAAAUCUUCAAUCAAAUUCUCAUGAAUCUAUUUCUUUUUUUCA